GCCGGCGCCACCGCCCACUUGGGGCUGGCCAGAGGCAGGCAGCUGGGGUGCAGAGUAGGGUUGGGCUGGGCGAGCGCACGGCCAUGGCCCCGUGGCUGCAGCUCUGCUCCGUCUUCUUCACGGUCAACGCCUGCCUCAACGGCUCGCAGCUGGCCGUGGCCGCGGGCGGCUCCAGCAGAGCGCGGGGCGCGGACACCUGCGGCUGGAGGGGAGUAGGGCCGGCCAGCAGAAACAGCGGGCUACACAACAUCACCUUCAGAUAUGACAACUGCACCACUUACUUGAAUCCAGUGGGGAAGCAUGUGAUUGCUGAUGCCCAGAACAUCACCAUCAGUCAGUACGCUUGCCACAACCAAGUGGCAGUCACCAUUCUUUGGUCCCCAGGGGCUCUUGGCAUCGAAUUCCUAAAAGGAUUUCGAGUAAUACUGGAGGAGCUGAAGUCGGAGGGAAGACGGUGCCAACAACUGAUUCUAAAGGACCCAAAGCAGCUCAACAGUAGCUUCAAAAGAACCGGAAUGGAAUCUCAACCUUUCCUGAAUAUGAAAUUUGAAACGGAUUACUUUGUGAAGAUUGUCCCUUUUCCUUCCAUUAAAAAUGAAAGCAAUUACCACCCUUUCUUCUUCAGAACUCGUGCCUGCGACCUGUUGCUACAGCCGGACAACCUGGCCUGUAAGCCCUUCUGGAAGCCUCGGAACCUGAACAUCACUCAGCACGGUUUGGACAUGCAGGUGUCCUUCGAUCAUGCGCCACACACCUUUGGCUUCCGUUUCUUCUAUCUUCACUAUAAGCUCAAGCAUGAAGGGCCUUUCAAGAGAAAGACCUGUAAACAGGAGCAAAAUACAGAGACAACCAGCUGCCUCCUUCAAAAUGUUUCUCCUGGGGAUUAUAUAAUUGAGCUGGUGGAUGACACUAAUACAACAAGAAAAGUGAUGCAUUAUGCCUUAAAACCAGCGCAUUCCCCGUGGGCGGGGCCCAUUAGGGCUAUCGCCAUCACUGUGCCACUGGUUGUCAUCUCGGCAUUUGCGACCCUCUUCACCGUGAUGUGCCGCAAGAAACAACAAGAAAAUAUAUAUUCACAUUUAGAUGAAGAGAGUUCUGAGUCCUCCUCGUACACCACGGCGCUCCCCAGGGAGAGGCUCCGGCCGAGGCCAAAGGUCUUCCUCUGCUAUUCCAGCAAAGAUGGCCAGAAUCACAUGAACGUUGUCCGGUGUUUUGCCUACUUCCUCCAGGACUUCUGUGGCUGUGAGGUGGCUCUGGACCUGUGGGAGGACUUCAGCCUCUGCAGAGAAGGGCAGAGAGAAUGGGUCAUCCAGAAGAUCCACGAGUCCCAGUUCAUCAUCGUGGUGUGUUCCAAAGGCAUGAAGUACUUUGUGGACAAGAAGAGCUGCAAGCACAAGGGCGGCGGCCGGGGCUCGGGGAAAGGGGAGCUCUUCCUGGUGGCCAUGUCCGCCAUAGCUGAAAAGCUCCGCCAGGCCAAGCAGAGCUCCUCAGCCCAGCUCAGCAAGUUCAUCGCCGUUUACUUCGAUUAUUCCUGCGAGGGCGAUGUUCCCGGCAUCCUGGACCUGAGCACCAAGUACAAGCUCAUGGACAACCUUCCCCAGCUCUGUUCCCACCUGCACUCCCGAGACCACGGCCUUCCGGAGCCGGGGCAGUACCCCGGACAGGUGAGCAGAAGGAACUACUUUCGCAGCAAGUCCGGCCGGUCCCUUUACGUCGCCAUAUGCAACAUGCACCAGUUUAUCGACGAGGAGCCCGACUGGUUUGAGAAGCAGUUCGUCCCCCUCCGUCCCCCCCACCUCCACUCCCGGGAGCCGGUGCUGGAGAAGUUUGACUCGGGCUUGGUGUUAAAUGAUGUCAUGUGCAAACCAGGGCCUGACGGUGAUUUCUGCCUCAAGGCUGAGGCCGCGGUCCCCGGGGCGCUGGCCGACUCGCCCUCGGAGGGCCCGCACUUGGGCCUGGCCCAAGACGCGGAGGCGGGGCCCGGGCCGGGGGGCGGCUCGGUCCUGCGGCCGCUGCCGCACCCCGGGAAAGCCGCCAGCCCCUCAGACAUGCCUCGGGACUCGGGCAUCUACGACUCGUCAGUGCCGUCCUCGGAGCUGUCCCUGCCCCUAAUGGAAGGACUCUCGGCGGAGCAGACGGAAACAUCUUCGCUGACAGAGAGCGUGUCGUCCUCCUCCGGCCUGGGUGAGGAGGAUCCUCCUGCCUUCCCUUCCAAGCUCCUCGCCUCUGGGGCAUGCAAAGCAGAACCUGGUUGCUGCAGCUACACUGGUGAACUCCACGUGGUCGCCCCUUUGUAACAAAACGGAAGAAGAGUCUAAGCAUUGCCACUUUAGCUGCUGCCUCUCGCUGGUCCCCCAGCUCUUCUCUCUGGUUGUGCAGUCCACUUGGAGCUGAGGUCUUCGACAAGGAUACUUGGAGUGAAAUUUGGGCCAGUACUUGCUCUCCUUGCCCCAUCCCUCUACCUGCUAUCUUGGCAAAGUCUCCAGUUUUCUAAAAUCAUAUGGCUAUGUCUGAAAGGCAUAUCCAUAAGGUCCGACAGCAGCUUGUCCUGUUAGGUCAGACCUCGGAUUAGAGCCAGUUCUGGGAGGUAGGGAGGAAACAUGCACAGAGAAACAGGAACAUACCUGCACUGAUCACUCAGAUUUUAUUUAUCUCUGCAAACUUUGCCUGUUUGCUGUUGGCUACUUUGAUUUGAAAUGCUUUGUGGGAGAAGCACUUUUAGUACCAUUCUAGCCACAGAAAUUAAGUGCCAGUCUAUCUGGAAUCCAUGUUGUUACGGAUGAUGUUCUUGUCUGGUUUUGGUGUAGAAUUUACAGUGCUAUGGACGUCAGAAAAGCUCUGAGUCAAAGGUCCAGAAGGGAACUGAGUAUAUGACCACCUUUCAUAAAAUGAGUCUUUAUGUAUUAGGGGUACUUUGGCUGCCUGAGGUGGGGGCUGCGGGGUCAGGCUGACCAAACUGAGUUUUUUCUGACAUAGGUUGGUCAUUGUGCAGAAAGCACCAAAACUCAGAGCACAGGACCACUUCUCGGUCUGGGUAGGCAUCAUGUGGGGGCCAGAUCUGCCUGCCAAGUUUCCCUGGGUUCCAUUUACUGUGCAGUAUCUCAGAUGUUGCUGCCUGGAAGUUUAUUUUUAAAAGACGAAUACCCAACUGGGCUGUCUUACUGGAAGCUGGAGUUCAUGCUCCAGUGGGCUUCUGAUCUAAAGCUGUGUCCAGAAUAUUAGGGACCAGGAUCGACUGAAAUAUGGCCGUGUAUGCAGGUGGCGGCUGCUUACUUUGCUGAACUGCUUUCGACUAAUGAUAAGUCUCAUUUUAAGAAGGUGAGAAGGAGGGAACUGUCACAAAGAUGAGUGUGCUCUUCUAAUAGCAUCUGAAGAAGAAAGGAGACCUGAAGUCAUUGAAUUCUUGAAUCUUAAAGUAUACUCCCCCCCCACACCCUACCCCCCAACAACCCAGCCUGUGAAUCAUGUUUCACUGUGUGUUUCUGUUGUACUUACCCAGUUUAAGAUUUGUCUCUUGUGCUCUCUCCUACCAAAAAUAGCUAUUAAGAGCUUAGGGAGAAAGAAUUUGCUUUAAGAAGGAAAAGUGAAUAUUUUGUUUCUGUGAA